UGGGCUCGGGCAGAGCCCCGUCUGGCCUGCGAGUCCGAACCCCAGCCCCGGUGCGUGCGAAGCAGCCGAGCUUACGAGGCAUACACGGAAUACCUGAGGAGCAUCCACUACAUCUCCCAGGUGCUACUGGAGGAUGCUGGAGCUCAUCAAGAUGCUGAUGAGACUGUGCCCCCCGACACCUCAAAGAUGCUGAAGCUAGCUGGGCAGUGUCUGGAGCGGGCCCAGUCAACAGCUGCCAAGCUUGGAAAAGUGCGCCUGAAGCCAGCCAUGCCUGCGGCUGCUUCAGUCCCCUCACCUGCCAGUCGACACCGCCGGGUGUGUUCCGAUGAAGGAGGGAAGCUUUCUCCUUUUCUGCCACCUGAGAUCUUCCAGAAGCUCCAGGUGGUAGAAUCACAAAGCUCUAAGAAGGAGCUGACGCCCCUGGAGGAAGCUUCCCUGCAGAACCAGAAGCUGAAGGCUACUUACGAGGCCAGGAUGGCCCGCCUGGACCCCAGCCAGGCCAUGCAGAAGACAUCACUGACUCUGUCUCUACAACGGCAGAUGAUGGAGAAUCUAGUGAUCGCCAAAGCCCGGGAGGAAACACUCCAGCGGAAGAUGGAGGAGCGCCGGUUGCGACUUCAGGAGGCUGCCAACAGGAGGUUCUGCAGUCAGGUUGCCUUGACCCCAGAGGAGCGGGAACAGCGGGCUCUCUACGCGGCCAUCCUUGAGUACGAGCAAGACCACGACUGGCCACAGCACUGGAGGAGCAAGCUCAAGAGGAACCCAGGGGACCUGUCACUGGUGACCAACCUUGUCUCCCACCUGCUCAGCCUCCCGGACCACCCAAUCUCGCAGCUCCUCAAGAAGCUCCAGUGUGCGGUGUACAGCGCCCUCUACCCCGCUGUGAGCCGGGGCGCCCUCAGCACCGCGUCUGCCCCAGGUGCUGAUGCACUGCUGGCCCCCGGGGGCCGGCGGCUUCGGUCCUCCCAGAGCCUCUACUGCAUGCUCUCCCCGCCAGAGUCCAGCGUGGCUCCAAGGCCCCAGGAUGGACUCCCUGCCACGCCCACCAUGCCCCCACUCAACCCUGGGCCCCUGGACAGAGGGGCAGACAGCAGCCCAGCUGGGCCUCCCUCACCCCUGACGGAUGCCUCAGCCUGCCUCCCAGACAAGGACAGCUCCUUUGAGGAUCUGGAGCAGUUCCUGGCUAUGUCUGAGAGGUGGAGCCAGGGUCCUGGCGGGCAGCCUGAGCCACAGACCCCGGGAACAAAGAGGGAGCCCUUGCUGGAGUGCCUGAAGAGUACAGUGAAGGACAUACACGAUGCCAUCGACAGGCUGCUCUCGCUGACCCUUCUGGCCUUUGAGAACCUGAACACAGCCACCUGCAAGGACCGCUGCCUGGCAUGCAUCGAGGAACCCUUCUUCUCCCCACUGUGGCCCCUGCUGCUGGCCCUCUACAGGAGUGUGCACUGCACCCAGGAGGCUGCCCUGAGUAGGAGCAUGGAGCUCUACAGGAACGUGCCACCCACAGCCCUUGGCAUCCCCACCAGGCUCCUCCCCCCGCACUCUGAGACUCGGGGGGCCACCACCUACCCCUACUGUGCCGCAGUCCAGGAGCUGGGGCUGCUGGUCCUAGAGAGCUGCCCCCAGAAGAAGCUGGAGCACAUUGUGCGGAGCCUGCGGGCCAUCUGUGUCUGUGCAGAAGAGUACUGCCGCGCCCAGGAAGCCACGCACCAGGCCAGCGCCCAUCCCCCGGCAGCUGCCAUUGGUGCUGAUGACCUGCUGCCCAUCCUGUCCUUCGUGGUGCUGAGGAGUGGGCUUCCCCAGCUGGUGUCAGAGUGUGCUGCCCUGGAGGAAUUCACCCAUGAGGGCUACCUGAUUGGAGAGGAGGGCUACUGCCUGACGUCACUACAGAGCGCCUUGAGCUAUGUGCAGCUCCUGCCCCGAGGGGCCCAGGGCCACUGAGGUCAGCCCGUGGCCUCCAUGCUGCCCUGCACACCUGGCCCUGGGGUGGGGAGCCAGCCAGGCCUGCAGAGGUCUCCUGCUCUUGCCCCUUCUUCACCCACAUCUGCCCCUGAGGCGCUAGGCAGCAGCUUCUCCCAGCAGGGCCGAGGCAGCCCGAGCCCCCCUGCUCUGUUCUCUGCUAGCCUCUGAGACCUGGUAAAGGGAAAGCUGGGGCCUGUUCACCACUGGCAGGCCUCUAGCAUUGCACAUCUGCAGGCACAACCCAGCCUGCCAACACUAGAGUGGCCCUCACAGGGCAGCAGCUCCGAGCAGGGAGGUAGGAGCCUGGCCAGAGCAGCAGUCUCCCUUCCCCCAGAACAGUCAAAGCCUUCUGAGCCAGUUUCCUGCCACAGCCUGCCAGCCCCGUCCCAGGAACUUGGGCACGGCAGUGUGGGACUGUGAUUGACUGAUUGGACAGCAGCUGCCCUGCUCGCUUGUGUUGGCCCAGGUGUUCCUGACACUCCCUGCCCUGGCUCACUUUGGUGGUGAGUGGUGAAUAUUCCAGAACCGCUGUCCAGCUCCCACUUCUGUGUAGCCUCUCCCAGGCCAGCCUGAGCCUGAGGUCACCUGCCUGCCACACACCUGUAUGGCCACCAACCUGGCCUAAAAUAAAGAGCCGCUGCUGUCUGA